AUGUUCUCUUCCUCGGGCGGCGGCAAGAAGCCGCCGAAUCAGCAGCAGCAACAGGAGAUGGUGCAAGUUGACAGAGCCGAUUCCACAUCACCCUUCUGGCGACCGCCGCCCCGCGAGACCGCGCCUAAGACGAGCUCCGAUAGCGGCGGGCGGCGCGAUCCCGGUAUUGUCGUCGGAGCAGCUUACUCGCACGCCGACAUUCUCAAGUUUGAUUCUCUGUAUGUCGCCGAUGGACUUUGGGAUUCGGACUCUGGCAAGCAGCACACCGCCCCCAACAGCCACAACACACCACCACCAAAACACGGCGCGUCCAAGUCGAACCCGCGGAAUUACAAGAACUUUCUGACGAACACCGACGACGACUGGAACGCCGACGAGUCGGACGAUGUGUACGGCUACGAUGAAGACGACGGCGACGACUUUGGCCUGCCGAGCCUGUCCAAUAUGAAGCGACGAACAAGGCGGAUGGCGGCCGCGGCAGGAGGCGGCGAGGCGGGUAGUGGAGGUAACAGACGCUCCACCACAGUACCGAGCCGUGGUCUUGGUGGCCGUGGCAGUAUCAGUGGCAGUUUGGGUGGCAGUUUUGGAGGCGGAAGCGGCAGUCACGGCGACAGCCAGAGCGGCAGCCAUAGCGCGUCCCUCGCGACACUGGACCACGACGACUUCGGCGAUGACAUGGCGUCACCCCUCGGCGGGUUGCAGACCCGGCGCUACUCAAACAGUGCCGACAUCGCUGUCGAGCGUCCCGCGCCGUCCUACCCGGUUCCCAAGAAGAGCGAAGGCAAGAUCCUGCGGCCGCAGUACAAGGACAUUCUGCGCGACCCAGCCAACGCGUUACACCUGAUUGACCACACUGCCAUACCACCAAACGCGACCACAAAGGAGAUUGAGGCGAUCAACUCGCGAAUACACCGAAUCAACCGUUUCAAGAAGCUGCUGCAGGCGUCCACCAUCCCGCUAGCCGACCUACGGUCCCUGGCCUGGUCGGGCAUCCCGCAGGAGGUACGGGCCAUGACCUGGCAGCUGCUCCUGAGCUAUCUCCCGACCAGUAGUGAACGCCGGGUGGCCACGCUGGAACGGAAACGGAAGGAAUACUUGGAUGGUGUGCGACAGGCGUUUGACCGGAGUGGUAAUGGUGGUGGUGGUAGUGGACUGUCCGGCAGUGCGGCGGGACAAAAAGCGUCGGCCAGCAACAUGCCCUCAAGCAACCGCGGCCGGGGACUGGACGAGGCCGUGUGGCACCAGAUCAGCAUUGACGUGCCGCGGACGAACCCGCACAUUGAGCUUUACGGGUACGAGGCGACGCAGCGGUCCCUGGAGCGCAUCCUGUACGUGUGGGCGGUGCGGCACCCGGCGAGCGGCUACGUACAGGGCAUCAACGAUCUGGUGACGCCGUUCUGGCAGGUGUUUCUGGGCGUGUACAUUGCCGACCCGGACAUUGAAACGGGCAUGGACCCUGGACAGCUGCCUCGGGCGGUGCUCGAUGCGGUGGAGGCGGACUCGUUCUGGUGUCUGACCAAGUUGCUGGACGGCAUCCAAGACCACUACAUUGUGGCGCAGCCGGGGAUCCAGCGGCAGGUGGCUGCGCUGCGGGACCUGACAUCGCGGAUCGAUGCGCCCUUGGCCCAGCACCUGGAGAAGGAGCACGUCGAGUUCAUCCAGUUCAGUUUCCGGUGGAUGAACUGCCUGCUGAUGCGCGAGAUCAGCGUCAAGAACACCAUCCGCAUGUGGGAUACAUAUAUGGCUGAGGAAAACGGCUUCUCCGAGUUCCAUCUCUACGUCUGCGCCGCGUUUCUCGUCAAGUGGUCGAGCAAGCUGUGUGGCAUGGACUUUCAGGAGAUAAUGAUGUUCUUGCAGUCGCUGCCGACGCGCGACUGGACGGAAAAGGACAUUGAGCUGCUGCUGAGCGAGGCCUACAUCUGGCAGAGCCUGUUCAAAGGCUCGUCGGCGCAUCUCCGUGGGCCAUCCAACCGCACCCCCUCCACCAGCGUGCAGUUGUGA